CGAUUUCACGACAUCGACGGCUGCUUUCAGUCACACACCCCAAGUUCCGCUUUCACCUAUUACUGCACCAUUCCCUGAUUUGUUUCCCAAAGAACUGUGCUACAGAAAUCAGGACUGAGGUUCGGAAAAGCCGACUUUGAAGCUAUAGGCCCGCCCGAAGGCGUUCGAUUGAGCUGUCGCAAUGGCUCGUGGAAGAGGAACUGCGAGAAAGAAGCAAUCGGCAAAGGACAAGGAAUUGGCCAAGAAGCCCGUGGCAGGUCCCAAGUCUAUGGUGAUUCGGAUUGGUGCACAAGAAGUCGGAAAAUCUAUCUCAGACCUCGUCAACGAUGUCAGGCAUUGCCUGGAACCCGAUACCGCUAUUAGGCUCAAGGAACGACGUGCGAACAAGCUCAAGGAUUACCUCGUCAUGUGCGGCCCGCUAGGCGUUAGCCAUCUACUUCUCUUCUCUAGAUCAGAAAGCGGCAAUACAAACCUUCGACUCGCCCGUACUCCCCGAGGCCCUACGCUCCACUUCCGCGUUGAAAACUAUUCUCUCUGCAAAGAUAUCAUCAAAGCCAUGAAGCGCCCGCGAUCCGGUGCAAGCGACUACUUGGUCGCACCAUUGCUCGUCAUGAACAACUUCUUGACAAGUGAUAGCGAUAGGGAAAAGCUAGGAGAAAAGGCACCACCAAAGCAUCUCGAGAAGCUCGUGACAGAUAUGUUCCAAGGUCUUUUUCCACCAAUCCAACCGCACACUACCCCUCUCCAUUCGAUCAAGCGAGUUCUCCUCCUCAACCGCGAGCCUCCCUCUGAGGACACCGGAUCCAUCAACAUCAGCCUGAGACACUAUGCAAUUACAACAAAGCAAGUGGGAAUACCAAAAGCCAUCCGACGACUCUACGCAGCCGAAAAGCUCGUAGGCAGCAGGGAAAGAAAGAAGAGCGCACUUCCCAACCUAGGCAAGCUCGAGGACGUUGCAGACUACAUGCUAGACCCCUCAGCAGCGGGAUACACAUCCGCCUCGGAUACGGAACAAGACACAGACGCUGAAGUUGAAGUUACAGCCCCAGUCCGCCAAAAAGUGCUUUCGCGCCGCGAAAAAGAAAAACUUAAGGCAGGUGACGAGACUUCGCACGCCCGCGCCCGCGGCUCUAAACCCCGUGUGGAAAAACGUGCGGUUAAGCUGAUUGAGUUGGGCCCUCGCAUGAAGCUGCGUCUUACUAAAGUCGAAGAAGACGUAUGCGGCGGAAAGGUUCUCUGGCACGAAUUUAUUACCAAGAGUAAAGCCGAAGAGCAGGAGCUGGAGAAGAGGUGGCAGCAGAAGAAUAAAGAAAAGGAGGAGAGGCGACGUAUUCAGCGGGAGAAUAUCGAGAGGAAGAGGAAGGAGAAGGCGGCUAAGGGUGAGACUGCUGAGGGAGAAGGCGAGGACGGCGAAGAGGAUGAGGAGAUGGAGGAUUUUGAGGAUUAUGACAUGGAUGAUGAUGUGUGGCAGGAUGCUGCGGAUGCGGGUGAGGAAGGUGAGGAAGGUGAGGAAGAUGAAGAUGAGGAGAUGGAAGAAUGAUUGAUGUAAAAACGAUCUGUAAUGAUACCCCGUUGGACGCUUGGAUCACGCAAUUGUAUGCAUCUCAAUACACGCGUUUUCAACUCCAUCGCAAUCCACCACCUCACGCUCCCUUUGGCUUCUUAAUAAUCACCUUCUCCCCAUCCGCACUCA